AUGACUAAAGCUAAGCUAAACACCGGAGCGGAAAUUCCAGCUAUUGGGUUCGGAACGUGGCAAGACGCGGAUUCGCAGGAAGGUGCCGUUCUUGAGGCGAUCAAGGCUGGUUAUCGACAUAUCGACACAGCGCACAUCUAUGGCACUGAAAAAGCCGUCGGCGGUGGAAUAAAAAAGAGCGGUGUGCCUCGAAAGGAACUCUUUGUUACCACCAAGCUCUGGAACAACAAGCAUCACCCUGACGACGUUGAAGGAGCCCUGGACAAGUCCCUCGGCGAGCUGGGGUUGGACUAUGUCGACCUGUAUCUGAUCCAUUGGCCCGUUGCCUGGAAGCGAGGAGAGGAGCUUUUCCCGAAGCAAAAUGGCCAGAUUGUUGUGGAGAACAUUGAUCUUGUUGACACCUACAAAGCUAUGGAAAAGCUUUUGAAAACCGGUAAAACCAAAGCGAUUGGUGUAUCUAAUUGCUCGAAAGCAGAGGUAGAAAGAAUCCUCCAAAACGCGUCUGUCGUGCCGGCAGUUCAUCAAAUGGAAUGCCAUCCGUGGCUCCAGCAGCGCGAGUUCACCGAAUGGCACAAAGCCAAAGGCAUCCAUGUCACCCACUAUUCGCCGUUCGGAAAUCAGAACAGCCUGUAUGGUUCCAAGGGUGGCACUGGGAAGCUCAUUGAGGAUCCCACCCUGGAAGCUAUUGGCAAACAGUACGGAAAAAACUCGGCUCAGGUUGCUCUUGCGUGGGGAGUCACACAGGGUCACUCCGUCCUUCCCAAGUCGAAGACUCCGUCUCGAAUCAAGUCGAACUUGGAGGGCGACUUCAAGCUGAGCCCAAGCGAUAUGGAGAAGAUCUAUGCGAUCAAUCGGAAGAUCCGAUUCAAUGAUAGCAGCGGAGAAUUUGGUAGAGACUUCUUCGAGGAUUUGGAAGAUAAAACAGGCUAG